AAAAAUACUCCCGUGUUCUUCGACCGGCGGCGGUGGUGCGAAGCGAGGCGGUAAGGGAGACGAGAUGAGGGGGACGAAGCGGCCGCUCGGCGUGGUGACGUCGUGGGUGCGGCGGCAGCCGCCCAAGGUGAAGGCCUUCCUUGCCGUUGUCACCGGCAUGGCCGCGCUCGUCUUCAUCCGCUUCAUCGUCCACGACCACGACAACCUCUUCGUCGCUGCCGAGGCUGCGCACGCGCUCGGCAUAGGCGUCCUCAUCUACAAGCUAACCAAGGAGAAGACCUGCGCCGGACUAUCCCUCAAGUCUCAGGAUUUAACUGCAUUAUUUCUAGCUGUUAGACUGUACUGCAGCUUUGUCAUGGAGUAUGACAUCCAUACAAUUCUGGACACUGCUACACUUGUAGCCACACUGUUUGUUAUUUAUAUGAUACGGUUCAAACUGAGGUCAACUUAUAUGGUGGAUAAGGAUAACUUUGCGUUGUAUUAUGUGGUGUUACCGUGUGCUGGACUGGCACUACUUAUUCAUCCGUCAACAUCUCAUAACAUUGUGAACCGGAUCUCCUGGGGGUUCUGUGUUUACUUGGAAGCUGUUUCAGUGCUUCCGCAGUUACACUUGAUGCAAAAUACUAAGAUUGUUGAACCCUUUACAGCUCACUAUGUAUUUGCAUUGGGAGUUGCAAGGUUUCUUAGCUGCGCCCACUGGGUUCUACAGGUUUUGGACACGCGUGGUCGUCUGUUGACAGCUCUUGGCUAUGGUUUGUGGCCGUCUAUGGUGCUUUUAUCAGAAAUCGUGCAGACAUUCAUCCUUGCAGAUUUCUGCUACUACUAUGUGAAGAGUCUUGUUGGUGGGCAACUGGUGCUACGGCUUCCCUCAGGGGUGGUGUAAGAAGUGCAGAAGAGAUACUCUGAAUAACAGUUAUGCUCUAGUGCCCAACCUGGGAGCCUUCUUUUAGCUGAUGAUGUUGCAAGUAAUGACUAUGUAUGACAAAAUUGCUGCAAGGGUUCUCUUAAAACAUAGUUUGUCAUUGAGACUUCAUAGCUGCGCCGUUUCUUGAUGCCCAAUCUCCGAGUACUAGCUUCCUGUGACUGUCGUGGUGGUCUUAGAAUCAGGUGGUUAGUGAUCUCAUUGGAUUAUAUAAUUCUAUAAUGCUUUCAUAUGAAACAGAUUGAUCUUGAUGUAUCAGCAGAACUAGCCACGUGAAAAUGGUUGGACCAAGGUCAUCAGGUUUGUAUUUACUUAACAUUGGGAUUAUCAGUAGGGGUUCCUUUCGGGUCCA